UGAGUGCAAUAGGUUCCGGCAGCUGCAGUUACUGUGUGUGUGUGUGUGGGUUUCAUACCGGAAGUGCUGAGCCCAGGGCUAGUGCUGGCCAUUAGUUAUCUGUGGGAGGGAGACAGGCAUGGUGUGGACAUGCAGCCCUGUCUGUGUGAAGUUAUCCAGCUCUUCGCUGCCCUGGCAGCCCUGCUUGUCGUGCUGAUUAUUAUCAUAGCCCAUGUAACUGCCAAGAAAAUGCCAAAUCUCCACCGGUCUGAGGAAGAGAAGUAUUUUAUUUCCGACAAUGGUGCUAAAGAACAGUUUCCUAGUAUACAUGAUACCCCUACAAAAGAUCUUACUGUUGUAGUCCCUUCUUACAAUGAAGAAACCCGGUUACCAGUUAUGAUGGCUGAAGCUCUGGAAUUUCUGCAAAAGAGACAGAAAGCACAACCUUCAUACAGCUAUGAAUUUAUUAUUGUAGAUGAUGGAAGUAAAGACAAAACCACGGAGGUUGCCUUGGACUAUUCCAAGCGAUAUGGAUGUGAUAAAGUCAGAGUCUUGACCUUAACAAAGAAUCGUGGCAAGGGUGGUGCAGUCAGAAUGGGAGUUCUUGUAUCACGUGGCAAAACAAUAUUAAUGGCCGAUGCUGAUGGAGCAACAAAAUUUCAAGAUAUUGAAAAUGUAGAAAAAGAACUUAACCGUUUAAAGCCAUGGCCAGAUAACAUGGCAAUUUCCUGUGGGUCCAGAGCUCAUCUGGAGCAAGAGUCUAUAGCAAAGCGCUCCAUGUUUAGAACUUUUCUCAUGCAUGGUUUCCACUUCCUUGUGUGGUUCCUGUGUGUCCGUGGAGUGAGAGACACACAGUGUGGGUUUAAGCUUUUUACAAGAGAAGCCGCAUUACGCACAUUUUCUGCCCUGCAUGUUGAUCGCUGGGCAUUUGAUGUGGAACUUCUAUAUAUCGCUCAGUGCCUAAAGAUCCCAGUAGCCGAGGUUGCAGUUAACUGGACAGAAAUUGAAGGAUCAAAACUGGUGCCUUUCUGGAGCUGGUUGCAAAUGGGAAGAGAUCUACUUUUUAUACGGUUACGGUAUCUAUCUAGGGCUUGGACGAUAGAUACAACUGGAAAACUGAAUUAGGUUACUGACUCAUGUUUUAUUGAUGUGUCUAUAUAUAACAGAACAAGAUGUGUAAGGUGGCCUGGUGAGGCAGUAAAGGGUUAAUGUGUUUUCUCUUUUAAGGUGUUGGUAUGUAAAUUACAUUAUUAAAGAUAAUUCUUAUCUUUGUA